AGAUUUAUGACAGCGCCAGUUAAAAGUGGUUAAUUAUUGCUUUACAACUGAAGACGACAAAAGUAGUGCAGAAACGUUGUACUAGUUUUUUCCAACCUAUGAUAUCAAUCCAUUCUGUUCUCCUUCUCCCAAGUUUACGAAACAAAUGGCCCCGGUGACUUUUACAGUUCUGAAUACAAUAUUUCGGCAUUUUAUUUUUUGAGGGUAAAAUCUGGAAUCAGCUAUUCUGUACAUUCUGUAAACCUGUAAACAACCCAAACUACCUGUGCAAAUUAAAGAGUUUAUUUCAGUUUAUCUGUAGUUUAUCGUUAUCAACAUGGCGAUGGAUUUAAAUGCAUUGAUAAAAUCUCUAGUGGAAGUGCAAGAGUGUAGACAAGCCAACCGAUUAACCAUGAAACUUGCCAGCGUACGUAUAGAAACUUUUAACAAACAAUACUACGCCAAAGUCAACAUCACGGGGAAAGCAAUUAGAAUUUCUCCUUAUGAUGUAAACAUUUCGGACCAAAAUUUUCGCCCCGUUCAUCUGAUAGGUGCUGAUGACAGGGAGGACAGAGUCAUUAAGAUAAAUACAUACAAUGAAGGAGUGUAUGUGGUACAUUUCCGAACAGAUAAGCAGAGGGAUCGAGCUAUGAAACGCGUUAAAAGACUCAUCGGCUACAUAACAUUCUAAUCUAUUUAAUAUACUUAAUGUGG